GGGCGCGGAUUGGCGGCGCGGGGCGCGGGGCGGCGCGGUGACGUCACCGGGCGCGCGGCGCGGCGGGUCCCGGAAGCGGCGGCGGCGGCGGGAGCGGGGCCGCGGGGUGGCCAUGGCGGCGGUGACGCCCGGCUCCGCCCCCCGCCAGGGGAGCCCCGAACCCUCAGCACCCGUCACGGAGGCGGCGGAGGGCGAGGCGGCGGCGGCCAUCCCGUCCGCGGGGCGCGAGCGCGAGGAGGCGGCGGCCGAGGAGGAGGAGGAGGAGGAGGAGGAGGAGGAGGAGGCCGAGGAGGAGGAGGAGGAGGCGGCGGCGGCGGCGGCGGCCGGGGCGGGGCGGCGGCGCGGCGGGGAGGAGGACGUGACGGCGGCGGGGUGGCGGGGCCGGCGGAAGCACGUCUUCGUGCUGAGCGAGGCGGGGAAGCCCAUCUACUCCCGGCACGGCAACGAGGAGGCGCUGGCGGCCACCAUGGGCGUCAUGAUGGCGCUCGUCUCCUUCAUCCAGAGCGGCGGCAACGCCAUCCGCGCCAUCUGCUCCGAGGACCGGACGCUGGUGUUCGAGCAACGGGGGCCGCUGCUCCUGGUGUCGGUGUCCCGCACGCGACAGUCGGCGGCGCAGCUGCGGCGGGAGCUGGCCUUCGUCCACGAGCAGAUCCUCAGCCUCCUCACCCGCGGCGGCAUCGCCCGCGUCUUCGCCCGCCGCCGCGGUUACGACCUCCGGCGCCUCCUGGCCGGCGCCGAAGCCGUCCUCGACCGUCUCCUGUCGGGCGCGGCGGCCGACGGGCGGCUGCUGCUGGGGGCCGCGCGCUGCCUCCCGCUCCCCGGUCAGCUCCGGAGGGGGGUUUCGGCCGCCCUCCGUCGCGCCGCCGCCGCCGCCGUCCCCGCCCCGGCCUUGGCCUUGUUGGCGGCCGGCGGGCGGUUGGUGACGGCGGCGCGGCAACGGGCUUUGGCCGAGGGCGGCCGGUUGUGCGCCAGCGACCUUCACCUCCUCCUCAACCUCUUAGGGAGCGGGGUAGGGGCGGGCGAGGUGUGGACCCCCGUUUGCCUCCCCCGGUUCAACCCCGACGGUUACUUCUACGCCUACGCGGCGGCGCUGGGCGAGGAGGAGGAGGGCGGCGGGACCGGCGGCGUCGGGGUGACGCUCAUCCUCCUCUCGACGGAGCGCGAGGGUUUCUACGCGGCGGCCGGCUGCCGUCGGCGCCUGGAGGAGGCGCUGCGGGCGCAGGGGUGGUUGGGGGAGUUGGGGGCGGCGGUGCGGGGUGGGGCGGGGUACGGCCCUGCCCGCCCCGGCGCCCCCGAGCUCCGCCAUUUUCUCUACAAGCCCUUGGAAGGGCCGGAGGAGAUGCAACAGUUGCCGCAGUUUACCAGCCCCGAGCUGGAGGAGCCCUACACCAGCGAGGAGGAGCAACACCGCCUCUUCGACCUGUACCACUACCUGCACAGCCGCGUGCACAGCCCCCACCGGCCCCUGCGCCUCCUCUACCACGUGGCUGAGAAGGAGACGCUCUUGGCCUGGGUGACGAGCAAGUUCGAGCUGUACGGCUGCUUCAGCCCGCUGGUGACGAAGGCGGGCGCCAUCGGGGUGCUGACGAAGCUGCUGCGCUGGCUGAAGAAGGAGGAGGACUGGCUCUUCAUCCGCUACCCGCCGCCAUAUUGCGCCGCCCCCGGCCGCCCCGAGGGGGCCGAGGCCGAAGGCUGAGCCCCCCACCCCCCCCCACCGCCCCAGCCCCUGCCCCGGGGGGGGGAAUAAAAUGGUCGCCGGA